AUGCCUUCGAUUCUUGUUUUCUUGUCUCUUUUCCUGCAAUUGUCGUGCGCUCGACCGAUCUUGGACGGCGUCUUCGAUCUCGUUACCGGCCUUACUGAUGCCCUUGGAGAUAUAACUACCAGCCUAGGCCUAACCGACACGCUCUCCGAUGUCCUAUCGACCGUUGGCCUUGGUGAAGCCGUUGCGAACCCUCUGCUCGAGACCAUCGAGUCAACUCUGAAGGGUAAUGGACUUAUUGACGGCACACUGGGCGCACUGGCAGGCACUUUGGGAGUCGAACAGGAAUUCGACUAUGUGGUCGUUGGUGGAGGCACGGCGGGUAAUGCUGUAGGCGUGCGGCUCGCUGAGGCAGGCUACACCGUAGCGAUCGUGGAGGCGGGUCUAUUUUAUGAGUUGGGAAAGCCGAUUUUGGGCACUACUCCAGCGGGCGAUAUCAUCGGCAUUGGCAGCAGCGCGCUGGAUCAAAUCCCUACGGUCGACUGGGGCUUUCUGACCGAACCGCAGGAUGGUCUUGGGGGUCGCCGUAUACAUUAUGCGCAGGGCAAGACACUCGGUGGCAGCAGUGCGCUGAAUUUCAUGAUCCACCACCGUGGGAGCAGGGGCAGUUACCAGAUGUGGGCUGAUAUGGUUGGGGAUCAAAGCUACACGUACGACGGUCUGGAACCGUAUUUCAAGCGAUCCGUCACGCUGACUCCGCCGGAUGAUACCAAGAGAAGGGAGAAUGCUUCGACCAUGUUUGAGACCGAUGCUUUCAGUACUCCCGGCGGGCCUGUGCAAGUCGGCUACACGAAUUGGGUGUCGGUGUGGGCCACCUGGCUGGAGAAGGGAAUGCAAGCCAUCGGCAUGGAGCGGACCACCAGUUUCAGCUCCGGUAAUUUACUGGGCUACCACUACUCGCAGUCAACCAUCCGCGGAUCGGACCAGACGCGCAGCUCGUCGACUUCGUACAUCAACGCUGCCAACGACAACGAGGAUACCAGUGAGAAGUUGAAGGUCUUUACGAGCACCCAAGCAAGGAAGGUGCUCUUCUCGACGCCAUCCUCGACUCCCAACAGCACAAACUCAACCUCAACGUCGGCCUCGAACAAGCCAAGGGCUACAGGUGUCGAAGUUAGCGGACUGGCUGGCCUGUCGAAAUACACACUCACCGCCAAGCACGAGGUCAUCCUCUCCGCAGGCGCGUUCCAAUCGCCUCACCUCUUGAUGCACUCUGGCUUGGGCCCUGCUACCCAUCUUGUCGAACACGGCAUCCCCGUGGUCAAGGACCUGCCCGGCGUGGGACAAAACAUGUGGGAUCACGUCAUGUUCGGUCCAACCUACAGCGUCAAGUUUGACACCCUCGACCGUGUCCUGCACGAUCCUAUCGCCUUGACCGACGCGCUAACCUCAUACAUCACCACCAAAACUGGGCCUCUAACGUCUAACGUGGUCGAGUUCUUGGGCUGGGAGAAGCUGUCGACGCUCGACUCGUAUCGCGCCAACUUCAGCGCCAGCACGCUCGACGCCCUGGCAUCGUUCCCGGCGGACUGGCCAGAGGUGGAACACAUUUCUGGCAACGGCUACAUCGGAACUUUCACGUUCCCAGUACUGCAGCAACCUCUUGAUGGCAAACAAUACGCUACCAUUCUCGGCGGUAUGGUUGCACCUCUUUCUCGUGGUACGGUGACGCUCAAAUCCGCCAACCCGCUACAGAAGCCCGCCGUCGAUCCUCGCUGGCUCACCCAUCCAGCUGACCAAGAAGUAGCUGUGGCGUGGUAUCGUCGCAUGCGCGAGGUGUGGCGCACGCCUGCACUACAGUCCAUCAUCGAGGAUCCCAGUGACGAGGCAUUUCCGGGCCUGGAAAACGAGACAGACGAAGAGAUCCUCGAGGUGGUUCGACGAAGCGCAAUGACAGUUUGGCAUGCUAGUGGGACGUGCACAAUGGGCCGCGAGGCAGAUGAGAUGGCCGUCGUGGACACGGAGGCAAGGGUCUUUGGUGUGCAAGGGCUGCGUGUCGUUGACUCGAGUAUUAUGCCUGUGCUGCCGCCCGGUCAUCCGCAGAGUACGAUCUAUGCGCUGGCGGAAAAAGCGGCAGACAUGAUCAUCAAAGGCCGGGAGUAG